AUGGAGACGCAGAGUGCGGCCAAGGGUGCCUCAAGGAGAAAUGAGGUGGAAAAAGGCGCCGUACCCCAGGCGGAAGGGGGCAUGAUUGUCUCAGCCGCCGUGCCGUCAGCGUUGCGGUCGGCAAUCAGCAAGCGGGGCGGCUUCGCUCACAACAGCAGCGUUGACAGGUCCCUCGCUGAUGAGCCGAACAGCACCACUGCACUGUCGUCGUCCAGUUUGGCUUCCGCGAGGCUCUACAAGGAUCCGUACGCAGCAGACCUCGGCCCGCGCGAAAGUUUGAAGGCGUCUCCUCACACAAGGGCGUCAAAGGCGUCGUACGUGAGUCCUGCUAGCUCCGUGAAGCGGGAAUGGAAGACCGUUGCUGCAGCGAUGACACAGUCGUCUCCGUCUCCCAGUGUAACAGCACCGCUGUUGGGCAACUCUGCCGCCGCUGCCUCCUCCGCAGCGUGCUCAACGGGCGAGUCACCCACAGGCUCGUCUGUGUGUAGUGGUGCUGAGUUCAAUAGAGCACACAAGAACCAAACGAGCAUCAGGUGUCCUGCUUUACGUUCCAACACCGAUGCUUUCGACGAAUCUCCAGCCGCCGUCGCGGCGUCUCGGACAUCCAACUCACCGACUGCAGUGCUAGCGGAAGCGGCUGAGGUCUUGUGCGUCGAGCUGCCAGAAGUAUCUCUUUCUCAAACUUCACGAAUUGCCUCCGCUGCCGGGGGUGGGCGGCUGGAGGUGCGCAUGCGAGGGCUGGUGGCGCUUCCCUGUCUGCACGUGCCGGCAUCAUCUACCCCACCAUCCCUGGAUGAGAAGAAAGCAUCGGCUACGUCGUCGUCCGCUCACGGCAGCGGCGAUGUCGUGGCCGGGCGUCUGCACGCUGUUAGUUUUCGGCAGAACGCAAUCACCAGCCUCGUCGUCCAGCCUGCUCGCAGCACGUCGAGCCCGAAAGUCUCACCAAUCACACCUCGCAGCUCCCCUCUGCGCUGCUACGCACACGUGUCCUCGCUUGAUCUCACACACAACGCACUUGCAUCGAUCGCUGGGAUCGAUGCCCUGCGAUGCCUGCGCUCGUUACGUCUAGGGUUCAACAGACUCACUUCACUGGCGCCGCUCUGGGCGUCACCGUACGUAGCGGAGCUCGACGUGCUUGAUGUGAGCUCAAAUGCGCUGACCGAGUUACUCUCCGCAGAUGAUGUGCACGCCUUGAAGAGGCACCAUAUUCGCAUCGUCACGCACCCCACGCAGGCGCACAGCACCGCCUGUGCCCACCGAAACAACAGUUCGAGCGGGCAGAAAUAUAUGCAGCUGCGGGUGCUGUACGCAUCUAACAAUCAAAUUUGCGAGGUGCCAAGUGCAAUCUACUCCUUUACGCAGCUAGCAGAUCUGCGGCUGAACAAGAAUGUCAUCAAUCGUGUGCCGGACGGCUUUCCGGCGCGUGUGUGUUUGCCACUGCUGACGCGCGUGGAGCUGAGCAUGAACGGACUCCCCUCAGCCGUGGUGGAGGCUGUGGCAGCGCGCGUUGAAGGGGCGCACCGUUUUCGCGGUGGCAGCGGCCCCUCUGCAGAGGCAAAGACUGCCGCCUUCUCUCCGUCCGCCUCCAGGACAGGGGACAGCGUCUCAUCGGAAGAAACGAGGAAAGGCACUGAGCGCUGCACCGAGCGGAGUCGCGAUCACCACUUACUCCGACCGGCUGGUGGCGAAGAAAAAGCCAGAGCACCGGCAGACGAGGGCACUGGCGCGGCGGCCUCGGCCAGAGCUUCCGCCCCGUUCAAGCGGAAGGCUGCCGGCUCUCUGCCGCCCACGGCGCCUGUCAUCACUACCGCAUCGGCACAGGAAGCAAAGCACCAAGACGCUGUCCAGUGCAUAGCGGAGAACGUGUACAGUGUUGACCUCAAUGUAUGGGCUGCUGCGGUGCGUCGACGGCUUGAGGAGUUGCUGAGGAGAUCAUGUGACAGCGAUGCGAGUGGCGCACUGAGUGCUACGCCAACGUGCUCCAUGUACGAGCUUCUGGUAUCCCUCUCCGACAUUCUCAGCGGGAACAGCUGCGGCGGUGGCGCAACGACGCUGCCGCGCUAUCGACGCCGUCUGACGACUACGGCCCGCACGAUCGCAUCACUUCUGCCGUGUCUGCCGUCGUGCUUCCUUGUCUACUACGAAGAGACCCAAGUGCGUUGCCCUCCUCUUCUUUUGCUCACCGGCGUCACCGCUUCUAUGGCGGCAGACCAGAGCGAGCUGCUCCUCUACGAGGUGUUGGCCCUUCACAUUGUGCAGAACUGCCUGUGCAUGGUGAGGGGUGCCACCGGUGGGGUAAGUCAGCCGUAUGCGAGAUUCACGCCCUCCUCUCUGGCGCUGCAUUCGCCUGAGCUCUCAUCGCAACAAGCGUGUAACGCCGAAAACAGCAGCGCGUCAGCCCUUCGUACCGAAGCGCCGGCGGCCAAUCGUGCGAGCGGCAGUAAACCAACUCCGCGGCGGCCAAGUAGCCCUGGAACCUCGCGGCAGUUGAACUUUGCUGUGCCUCUGCAGGUUAUCCAUGUGAUUGCUUUCCCCGAGGCUGCAGUCACCACCCACAGCUCCACGUCGGGCUUGUGGGCAUAUCUGACCUGGCGGCAGCGCUGGGAAGCCGCCGUAUCUCGUCGCCGGCUCCCAAGCAAGAGCUUUUAUGUAUGUGAGCUUGGGACACAGCCGGCGGGCGCGCAUGCGUCACAAUCACUGUCAUCUGCAAAUCAACCAUUCACGGCGGGAGAAAACUGCAACGGUACUCACGAGACCCCGAAUCCUGCAGAGCCGCGGUCUCUUUACCCCUUCACUGCCAACACCCCCAUCCCACGCGUACUGGAGUGGCGCCGGUUGAACGAGUACAGACCCGCGUCGUACUGUGCAGUACCGCCUGCCUGGGACCUCCUCUACGAUCUGCUCCUCCGCUCCUCCUUGCCGGAGAGUACCGCGCCAAGUCAGCCGCGCGCACUUGCCAUGCCGCCACCGUUGACUGGGGUGGGCAGCCGCGUGCACCACGCACGUGGCAUUCCCGUCUCUCUCGCAUGCGUGCUGUUGCGCGCCAUUGAGUAUCCGAACUGUACUGGGGCGCCAAUAACGUUUGCAUCGCCAAUAUCGCCGCUGCUGCGCUGGCCCACGCCAGGCACUGGUGGCUCUGCUGCCAGAGGAGCUCACAGCGGCACCUCUACUACCACCGCGCCCUACGCCCCUUGUGAGGACGUCAUUCGCAGCGCCCUUCAGUGGCGCUACUACAGUCAGCAGCUGUGCAACCGCGUGGAGAGUGAAGUCAACAGUGUCGCCGCGGAGCAGGUGACGGUGUGCAACAUGCCGCUGUACAGCGCUGAGGAAGUACUCCAGAGCCAGCAGAGAGCGGUUGCGGCGCUGAGCUCUCUGGGCCCACAAUACACUCGCCUGCGGUGUAAACCGUGCAGGCAGAACGACGUCUCAGAGAAGCCACUCGAGAGCGCCGCCAUUUCUAAGGAGGCUGCGUCUAACCUGCCCCUUGGGCGUUCCGCUUCAACGAAGCCGAGAUCGCAAGCGCUACGCUCUACUUCGAGCGCUGUGACGUCCUAUUUCGCAGGGCCAUGUGCGAGCGAGGCCAUCACCACGCCGGAUACGACCGCGUGGAGCCACGAAAGUGAAGCGAUCGACACACCCGCAGUGCCGGUUGGCGCUGAUCGCGGAAGCACGCCGACUGCAGGAGCAGAUGCGGAGGGCGGCAAGGCAGAUGAACUGGGCGGCAUCAAAUAA